AUGGUGCAGGACAAGAACGGGCGAACUGUGCUCGACUGCCUCUUGGAGAAGGACCUUGUGUGCAACGCCAACCUGGAUGAUGCAACAAACGCAGCCAUUCUGCGCGUCAUGCACGUCCUAACGCGCGAGAAAAUGGUGGCUCUCGACUUUGUCUCCAGCGCGUCGGUCCCACGGCAAGGCACGCAGCCCCUCACGUGCACCGGUGUUUGCUCCGAGACGAGCCAGUUGAGCAACACCACCUUGCCCCAGCUCGCCGAGAAGCGAAAAUGGAGUGAGCUCGAGCGUCGGCUGGAAGCUUCAAACGAUAUCAGCACCAUCAACGAGUACGAUGCCAAGGGCCACACGGUGCUCUAUCAUGUGUGCGACGCUGGCAACGAUGGGCUCUUGGCGUUGCUGCUCCAGCAGUCCAAACUCAACGUCAACCUUACCAUGCGCGACUCGAGCGAGACCGCCGUCGCAUUUGCGAGCGCUCGUGGCCACGAUGAGUGCGUGCGGUUGCUUUUACGAGCCGGUGCGCACCACGGCAUUCGACUCGAAGCUUCGGCCAAGGACCUCCAAAUGUACACGUAUGACAGAGCCAAGCCGAGCCGCACGCUGCUUCAUGAGAGCUGGCUACUGGAAAAGGCGUACCCCGACUACCACCUCGUUCGCCUCCUCAAUGUUCACGAGGCCGAGAGGCACAUCGAGGCGCUCGAGACAGCCUUGCAUAUUGCAAUUACGAAAGAGCUACCCGAGAACGUUGUCGAAUCAUUGCUGGGGCAGCACAACGCGGAUGUCGACGCCCAAACCAAGAUUACGGGCGAGACGGCGCUCAUGAUGGCGGCCAAGCAAGGUUGCAUGCGCCUUGCUCAAGUUCUCUUAGAGGCAGACACUGAUGUCGACGUUAUCGACGCCAACAAGUGCACAGCGCUACUACAUGCUGCGGUACUGGGGCACGUGGGAAUUGUCGAACUGCUGCUUGUGUAUCGCGCCGACCUCGAUCCCAAGCUGGACGGAAUUCCCAUCGUCGAGAGGCUGCGAUCCGUCUUGCCUGGCGAGAAAAGUGCCAAACAUGAUCAGAUUCUGCAGCUUCUCGAGAAGGAAGAGCGCGCGAGAGACAACUCGCAAGAGUUUCGCAACAAGCGCGCGCUGAGCAUGAUCACACUGAUAACCAGCGAAGUCUUCAAAGAUGACAGCUUCCUCCGCGCGAUUCGCUGCAACGCGACGCUCGGUCCUACGUUCUUGGACGACUGCGUUGAAUUGCGUCGCCACGAAGCCUUGUUUUCCAAGUUGGACCUCGUCUACGGCACAAGCGCCAAACACAGUCCCCUCCGCGCGGUCUUGACCUUGGACCUUCAAGACCCAGACGAGACCUUUGCGACGCAGCAAGCGUGUCUCGAGCAUCCCGCUUUUCAUCGCGUCCUCGAGAUCAAGUGGAUCCUCUUUGGCCGGCGGCUCUACCUCCAGCAGCUGCUCAUGAACCUACUCUUGUUGGUGGCCAUGACUACAUCGUCCAUUCUUCCCAACGACGAGUUGCCACCGCCGAUCGUCUACAACAUGGGUAUUUCAACCCUGAUAUUUGUGGCCGUCGGAUUGCUGGUCGUUCAGUGCCUUCGCCCUCAGGUCCUUGCGGCGUUUGCUCGGCUCAGCGACAACAAGUCUCUCUUUGAUGGAGGUCUCGUCCUACUCGCUGUCGUCGGGACCGUCUUGCUGGUCGUACCCGUGCUUUACGCUAGCCAAGAAUUGCGCAUUGUCGACUGGUUUACAGCCUGCAACAACCUCGUCUUGGCUCUCUCGACGCUCUACUUUCUCCAUAUUGAGCUUCAGGAAAUGCGCGUCAGCAUGGACGCCUAUCUCUCGUCGACGAUGAACCGCGUGCAACUGAUGAACUACACCGUCAUCUUGUGUGUCUUUGUUCCGAUUCAAGUCGGCUGGAUCAGUGUCAGUGACGACGUCCAGGUCGGACUCGGCGCCGUCCUCACACUCGGUCUCUGGGUCUUGUCGCUUCAGUUUCUAGAGGUGAUCUCGUCGGCCAGCUACCUCUUGCCCAUGAUGUCGGACCUCUUGAGCGACAUUUGGAACUUCUUCAUUCUCUUUGGCGUCUUCCAACUCGGCUUGACGCUGACCUUCUACCAGCUCUUUCGAGGCCACGGCGACGACGCCUUUGGUAGUCUUGGCCAGUCGUUCAUGACGACCUACUUUGUGGCAUUUGGUCAAGUGCCUCUGGACUCGCUCAGCGUCUUUUCUGCCUCUGACAACUUGAGUUCGAGUCAAGCGGCCAUGUACACGGGUGUCGCUCUUCUCAUGAUGCUGCACUCGGCGAUCGUGGUCGUCGUCUUACUCAACGUCUUGCUGGCGUUGAUGAACCAGACAGUCACGGGGGGUCUCGAGAAGGCCAAGACUCGAGCGUUGAUGAGCUAUGCGCAGUGCAUCUUGCGGCUCGAAGGCGCCAUGCACCUCGACAACGCCGAGACGACGGCGCUCACGCACGUCAAGGACGCCUCUGGGAAGCUUGUGCUGCAUCCGAUCUUCUCCGAGACUGUCCCCCGGGCCAACCUCGUGCUGACACCAGACCAAGUCGAGACGUUGCAGCGCACGGGGGCAAGUCGCAUGGCCUGGCUCGACCAGAUGCGGCAUCUGGACAAGGUUGUCAAGGACCAGAUCGGGUUUGUGGUCGAUGGCCUCGAUCACGUCAGUCAUUUUACGGAUCUCAACGUCCACGAAAUCUUUGCGCGCGAGUUUGAGUUGCUGGCGACUGCUCAGCAGCAGCUGUUGGACGCGAUCGAGAUGGCGCGACGCAGCCGCGGCUACUUCAAGAAGGAGAUCCUUGCCAAGCUCGAGAAGCAAACGACGAAGGAGCUUCAAAAUCUCAAGGUACGGCUUCUGAGGGCCCGGCAUAGCGCUGCGACAGAGCUUGCGGACGACCACGCCAACUGCGUGAUGCUCUACCAGAUCAACCAGCGCAUGACAUUGGAAAAUCUAUUGACCAAGAAUCUUGGAGCGAUCGCGACGGCGCUUGCCGACGUCUCUGGAGACGGCGUUGUCAGUAGCGCUGACGAAGAGAACGAAAAGGUGCGCCUCCAGCUGGUUGAGCUGCGUGCAUCGAUGACGCAAGAGAUUGAAGUGGUGACUGCCCGCUUUGAGGCGUUGACAAGCCAGCUGAACGACGCGGCGGAGAGGCGAAUGGAGGCAAUGACGGCUCAUUUGGAGACGCUCUCAAGUCAACUACGUGCGAUGGCGACGCAGCAAGGUGCGACGGCAACACAGCAAGACGCCGCAGCAACGCAACAGACCGAGAUGGCGAUGCAGCUAGACACGAUCCUAUCACAAGUCGCCAACGAUUCGAACGAAUCGCGCUCGUCGUCUCUCACCCGCCGCAAAAGCCGUCGCUAAAACGGAAUUCUCGAAUGCAGAUAAUACUACAUGGAAAAAGAUAAUAAUUGGAACCCGUAGGAUGAUAUGGAA